GCCGCGUUAGCCAGCACCUCCAUAAUGGAGGCCAGCUGGGUCUGGAAGGCCAGGCGGCCCGACAUGCUCCCCCAGGCGGGGCCCCGUCAGCGGCCGCGUCGCGUCACACGAGCCGGGAGUCUCCUCCGGCGGGAAGGAACCGAGAACCCGGUUUAAAUGUUGAGGAGGGACAAAAAGAGCCGGGCUAAGGUGGCUCCUCUGCUCUCUACUCACCAGCUAAGACGACCCCCAGUCACUUCCGGUUCUUCCUUUGUUGUUGUCUUCUCCAGUCAGUGCGCGUGUCUGCCCCCUACAGGCCGCACGUGGUACUGACACCGAGGAGUGACACAGGAAGACCGGUAACCGGAAACACUCUGUGUGUGUCCGUGUUUCUGGUAGCGGACUCAGAGGGUCCGGUCCUCAGGAGGACUCCAGCUUGACUAUCUGUGCGGUGCGGACAGGAUGGCGGGCUCGCUGGACUUCCAGACCCAGCUGGCCUCCAUCAUGGAGGUGCUGGCCAACGCGGCGGUGGUGGAGAUCUGCCAGCUGAUGGAGGACGGCUUCUCCUCCCUCAGGAUGGAGAUCUCACGGAGCCAGCGGGAGAACCGGGUCCUGAAGAGCCGGAUCAGGCUGCUGGAGGCUCGGUCCCGCCCGUCUCUGGUGGUCACCUGCACCCGGACAGAUCAGCUGAAAGAGGGAACCGUCCAGACCUGCAGACAGGAGAGGUCAAAGCAUCCUCAGGUCCCGGGACUCCAUGGUUGGGGUCUUACCUGGAGAGACUGAGUACAGGAAGUCCUCCCCCGUUUGCUCUGAUGGAUUAGAGUCUGCAGGAUCUUGACCUUCAGCGUGAUGUGCUCAGAGUUGGUGAGUCUCAGGUGAUGGAUGCAGGAUGUUUAAAGAGAGAACAGAAACAGGUGUUUGGAUCAGUUCAGCAUCACCUGACACUGAAAGGCCCAGGUCCUGGUCCUGAUGACCCUGAUGGUCUUGGUCCUAAUAGACUCAUCCUAACUAACCCCUCCCCAGUGUAUGCCCAGAUAACAUAAUCUGCCCUCCCCUCUUCACUGCCCCAGAUCCUGAUGGUCCUGAUGGUCUUGAUGGUACUCACCCCCUCCCCAGAGUACACCUGGAGUCCUGUGUCACUCUCUGAUGAACACAAAGUUUAUUGAUGUUUGUUGUUGUUUGUAGUUUUGUUUGUUGUUUGUAUUAGAAUAAAGUCUGAACUUCCUCCCUGUGAUGUGAGACCUCUCAUGUAAGUCUGAGCACUGAGGGGUGACUUACUGACUGAUGAUCACAUGAAGCCUCAAAUUAAGCCUGCUGCUGAGGGCUGAUGCCCAACAACAAACCCACGUCAUCAGAGCGCGACUCUCAGAAACAUCCCAGCCGAUCCCAGCAGACAGGCGUCGGUGUGUUUGAUGUCCGCGGUCACACAGAGGCGCGUGGAUCUGAUCACCGCCGCGCCCCGCAGCCGCAUCCCGCCGCGCGCACAGCUCCCCGCGCACGCACAGCCACGCACGGACACGCACAGCUGGCGGUGAUGGCGGACUGUGUCGGCUUCCAGGCGCAGAUCGCCUCCAUCAUCGAGAUCCUGGCGAACUCCGCGGUGAUGGAGAUCUGCAAGCUGGUGGAGGACGGGUACGCGGCACUGCGCGUGCAGAUGGAGGAGGAGCGUGUGAGGAGCGAGCAGGAGAAACGAGGCCUGCGGGACAAACUGCGGGACGUUGAGGUGAGGAUGAGGAGCUGCGAGAGGAAGAUGAGGAGACGGAGUCAGCACGCGCUGCAUUUCAGGGCGACGGCAGCACCUGAUGAUCUUCCUCCUCCUCCUCCUCCUCCUCCUCUUCCUCUUCCUCCUGCCUCCUGUGAAGACAAACUCCUCCAUCACAUCUCAAAGCAAGAGGACUCUGGAGUGUUUCUGCAGGUGAAGCAGGAGAAGGAGGACAGAGAGGACUGUAACCUGGACCUGAAGGUGGAGGUGAACAUCAGGGCGGAGUGUGGUCUGUCUGCAGCCCUGGAGCCCAAUGAAGAGACCCCCUCCAGAGACAUUGUUCUUGAUCAAAACAUCACCUCCCCCUCCUCCUCCUCCCAGCCCCCUUCCUCCCCCCCAGAAGCCUCCAUGGACCUGACCUGCAGGUCUCGAGCCAAACGUAAGUCCUCCAAACCUGUGAUGAACAGUGUGACGUUGGGUGGGGGCGUCGCAGCCCCUGAGACGGGUCUGACAGACGGAGCUCUGAAACCAGAGGUUCAGACUGAUGAUGCUGCGGAUGAAGACACCCCCCCCUCCCAGCUGUCGGCCCCCCCGGACUCAGAUGAGCCGAGCCCGGAGCGGCUUGCCGGUCUUGGUCUAGACCUGGCCUGGAUGCAGGAAAGGGUCAGCCAUCUUGGAGCAGCAUAUGCGGUGGCUCAGCUGGGACUAAACUCAGAGACGGGUCACCCCUCCACCUUCCCCUCACAGGGCGGGGCAGACAGUCUGGAUGGCCCCCCCACCAUGCUCUUCACAGGUGGAGCUCAUGAGAUAGCUGCUUUCGCCGCCUCCUUCGACAUGGCCGCCGCCGCCGCUGCAGCUGCUGUGGUAGCUGCACCUCCUCCACCACCUCCUCCACCCCCCCUCCCCACAGCUCCUCCUGCCCCCCCCACCAGCCAGAGGAGGCCUUACAGGACCGGCGCUACAGCUAAAGAGCCUGCCGUGUGUGCCGUGUGUGGUCGGGUCUUCCCUAGCGGCACCGCCCUGGAGCUGCACCAACGAGUCCACACGGGGGAGAGACCGUACACCUGCCCCCACUGCGGGAAAGGCUUCGCUCAGCCCAACAACCUGCGUGUGCACCUCCUUAUCCACACGGGGGAACGGCGCUAUCGCUGCUCACUGUGCGGGAAGAGCUUCAUCUCGUCCAGCCACCUGAAGAGACACCGCACCGUUCACACGCAGGAGAAACCGUACAGCUGCUCGCGCUGCGGACAGUCCUUCAGCCAAAUGUGCAGCGUUCGACGACACCGGCAGCAGUCCCAGUGUGGACUGUAGACAAAAGGGGGGUGGGAGGUAAUCUGGAUCAGAACCUGGACCAGUCUGAGCCCACUCUCCGAUGCUGGGCUGGGUCUUCAGACCAGAGAGGUUUGUGUAGAGCAGAGUGAACUGAACCGGUCUGAGAGUCAGACUGAGGAUACGAGUGCCUGAGACUGUUACAAUCACAUCCAUCAGUGAGCAAUGCUGUCUGUCACACACACACACACACACACAAACACACCACACACACUCACACACACACACACACAGAAAAACACACACACACACACACACACACACACCAAACACACACACGUCCAGUUGGAGGUCGUACCUGUUGAAACAGAGUGCCUCCUCCCACUCUGAUCCGUUCAGAGUCUCAGAGAUCCUCAGCAGAGCGAGAUUUUGAUUUUGGAGUUUCCUUUGUAAAGUCAGCAGAGAUGUUAGCAUUGUUAGCUUAGCUCAGUAAAAACAGAAACAAAUAAACAUUCCAACCAGAGCUGUUCACAGGUCUGCACAGAGGACCUGACUAGACCCAGACUAGUUCAGUUUACGUCCAUGCCAGAUGAGGCUAGACUUCACAGCAGCUCACAUCAACAACAAACAACAACCACAAUCAAUCUUUAUUUAUAAAGCGCCAAACAGAGCAGGUCUAGAUUGUACUCAAUGUUCUAUUAUUAACAAAGACCCAACACCAAGACUGGAUCAGAUCCAGGCCCAUCUUACAGACAGGACUCAGUCUGAUCUCAUCUUAAUCCACCAUGAGCAGAGCACUUUGCAGCAUUUAGCAAGUUACAGUGGCAAGGACAAACUUCCUUUAACAGGCAGAAACCUCCAGCAGGACCAGACUCAUGUUAGACACACAUCUGCUGAGACCGUGUUGGAGAGAGGGAUAGAGGGAGAUGAAGAGAGAGAGAGAGAGAUGAUAGUGGUUAGAUGGAUAGUAGUAGUUGUAGCAGCUGGAGUCUGGCACGUCCACAGCAGCAGAGAUCCAGAGGAACCUACGAGACAAGGGAGCUCAGGGACUCCAGAAAGGUCUAUGGUUAGGAACUUUAAUGGGACAGGAAGAGUUAAAGUAAGAGACAGGCAGAGAGAGGAGAGAGAGGGAAAGACUGGAUCCCAGUGUGUCAGUUCCCCUGGCAGUCUAAGCCUAUAGCAGUCUGAGCAUAUAGCAGUCUACGCCCAUAGCAGCAUAACUAAGAGCUGGUCUAAGCCUGAUCCAGCUCUAACUAUAAGCUUUAUCAAAAAGGAAAGUUUGAAGCCUACACUUAAAAGUAGAGGGGGUGGCCUCCCGGACUCUGACUGGUAGAUGAUUCCAAAGAAGAGUGGCCUGAUAACUGAAGGCUCUACCUCCCAUACUACUUUUGGAGACUUUAGGUACGAUGAGCAGGCCUGCAUUUUGGGAGCGUAGUUUUCUGGAGGAGUAAUAGGGCGCCAUGAUCUCUUUAAGAUAAGAAGGAUUUUAAAUUCUAUUCAACAUGUGAACACCAACACCACCAUCACCUGUGUUCACUGUCAGCGGGGCUCAUCACACCCUGUCUCUGAGUAAACCAGCUCCAUAAAUCCUGGACCUCCAGGUGCGAAGAAGCCAGUAUCACUUGUCUCUGUUAACCCAGACCUCCUGCUUCACUGAGCAUGCUCACAGAAAAGAGGGCGUGUAUCAUGUCACAUGACACUUCAUCACAAAAAGAACAGUCAGACAGAACGUGUCCUGAGACGGUUUGAUUUACCUGAGGCAGGUGAAUACAGAGGCUCUGUGAAAUGACUGUAACAUCCCGGCUUCACAUGUUUCUAUAAUCAGAUUAUAUGAGCUUUGGAUCUCGCCUGUCCACAGAGAACAUGGACAGGUACACCCCUCAGGUGAUGAGCAUGCUCAGUGAUACCAAACUAAAGAAUAAGACCCUUGCACCCCGAGUCUUUGUGCUAAGCUAGGCUAACCUUCAGACUGUUAUUAAAUUAUUCUGAACUCUUCCUCUGAGGCACUUUAACUGCUCCCCUCACCUGGUGGAGACUGACAGGUGUUUAAAGGUAACCUGUGCUGGCAGGUCGGCUCUGUCUUGUCAUGAUUGUGUCAAAGACUCUCUGUCUCUCUGAAUGUCACUUUAUCACAUGAACUCAUCCAACAGGAUCUUAAGGAGAGGUGUGACGUCACAGUCCUCCCCUCCAGCUGCAGUGUUGUCUCUGUCCCAGGUGAGAGCCUGAGGUGUGUCCAGGUCAGACCCUGAGGCAUGUCCAGGUCAGACCCUGAGGUGUGUCCGUCUGUGUGACGUCAGUCUUUGUUCUCCGUGAGGUAUCAGAGUGUAAAAAGAUGUAAAGUAUAUAUAUAUGAGUAUCUAUAUCAGAGAGUUGUGUUUGUGUGUGUUGGAUGUUGUUGGCAGUAGCUCAGUGUUGCACAUGAAACCUGAUGUUUGGCCUUUCAGUCCUGACGUGUUCACGUGUUUUAACGAUGUCAUUAAACAUGAACCAGGUUUACAACCAGA